GAUAACUGAGGGUCCCCUCAGGGUUUAUGAUAUGUCAAUAAAAUAUUUGGAUUAAUGGAUUACCAACCUCAUGCUAUGUGAAGUCUUUAUAAAUCUCUGACUGCUGGACAUUCUGAGAGCUCAAGAGAAGACAGAAAAUCUGAGAGACACAAAAAAGGCAGAGAAAGGCCAAAGGCAGAGGAAAUAAAAUCUGUCCAGCUCAGGAGAGGCUUGGUUUUGCAGGCACUAUGAAAAGCUUUCUUUCCUGGACAGUCCUGGCAGUCCUUGUCCUGGUGCAUGUCUCCCAGGCAGUCUAUGUUCAGGAUGGAGACUUGAAAUUCCCCCUGGAGUCCGUGAAGAAGCUGAAGGAGCUCAUGGAUGGGAACAGACACAUCAACCCUCACAUGGUGGUUCCCAUGGCCAGCUAUUCCCCAUGCCAAGAAAAACACCUCCCUGAGGAAUUCCAGCCUGUGUGCAAGAGGGAAGAUGCACCCAUGAUUUUUAGGAGGCUGAGCCUGGCUGCCGAGGACGACCUGUGUGAGAUCUGUGCCAACGCUGCCUGCGCUGGCUGCUUCUGAGAAGGUGGAAAAACCCACACAAGACAUGUUCAGCUGGGAAGUUUGUGCAUUUCUGUGACAAGAUGAUGUACUUUCACCAAUCAAUAUUCCUGGGCUUCAUCUCCCACUCCAGCCAAAGUGGAGCUGCAAGUUCAUGGGGACACCCCUACACUCUUGCAGCACCUGGAUCAGGUGCCACUACCAGGGCAGUUUUGCCAUCAAGGAGGCUGUGACUCCUCUGAGAGGUGGGGGUGCUGCAGAAGUUGUGUGACACUGGCAUGGAAAUGCCCUGUGUUUCCUUUCCCACUCUUUUGCCUGGAUUUGAACAAGCUGGGUGAAACUCAGCAUCCUCUGCAGCCUUUUUAAUGGCUAAUAUUUAAUAUCUAAAUUUUAAUGUCCAAUAAGUAGUAUCUAAUCAUUAACAUCUGCCUGUGAUUUGGCCUCCCCUACACACAACAUCACUGGGUUAUUCCUUUUUUCAUUCCCUCCUUCCCAGUGUGUUGGAUCCCUUUCCUUUCCACCUGUCUGUUGGUGACACGUUUGAGUUUGUAGCAGAACCGCAUCAAAUAACUCGAGAUGAAUUCCUGGUGUUUAGGAACACCCUGACAGCCAGAAAUCAGACUGUUCCUUGUACUGAUUGUUGUUGAUUUAGGGAAUGGGUGUAGAGGAGCACAGGAACACUUCUUCCCUGGUUGGAUAUCAAGGUUCUUAAAACUCUCUUUGGGAGAAAGUAAUUCCAAAGUGCAGUGCUAGAAUCAAACUGAAAUGGAAGCAUUGCCUGUUGUUUUAUUUAUUGCUGGCAAGAUUGUGAAGAAAUGAUCUGCCCAUGUUUAUGUGCUGUACAGGCAAUAAAAACUAGUAAUAAUUCUGAUUUUUGUUUUGUUUUGUUUUGUUAUUGCUGGUUUUGGGGUGGAUUUUGUUUUAGGAUACUCUUCUUGCCUUCUUUCCUUUCCCCAUAUAAGGCAUUGCAUGUCUGCAGCUUCCCUGAAUAAAAGAUGACUUUUAACAAUGUCUCGAACUUAAAGCAAUUUGUAGUCACAGAAUCACAGAACUAUUGGGGUUGGAAAAGCCUUCCAGGAUCAUUGAGUCCAACCUGUGCUUGAUCCCCUCCUUGUCAUGCAGCCCAGAGCACUGAGUGUCAUGCCCAGUCCUUCCUUGGACGCCUUCAGGGAUGGGGACUUCACCACUGCCCUGGGCAGCCUCUUCCUAUUCCUGACCAUCCUUUCCAUGAAGAAAUUUCUCUUGAAGUCCAACCUAACCCUCCCCUGUGUCACAGGUUGGUGCUGGUGCGAUGCCAGUGCACCCAUGAGUAUAUGUUUUUCCUAACAACUGCUGUGAGUUGUGAUCAGGAACAGAGCAGAGCAGGCCCAAAACUUGGAAAUAGAAAGAAAACUUCAUUAAACUACGUAAGAACAGAAAUGAAAAAAAAAACAAAACAAACCACACAAGAAAGCAGAAAUGAAAACCUCCCAGAACAUUUCUUCUCCUCCCCCAAUUUCCACCCUUCCACAUUCAGACAAAACCCUGGGUUCCCAAUCAAGUCAUCAUCACUCAAAAAGAACUAAUCUUCAAUUCAGCAAGGGAGAGAGGAGUCUCUCUUGCACCAUAGACCCCCCCACAGGAAACACAGGUCCACCCUCCCAUGUUCCCAUGUCACCCAUGGCACAACCCGAGAAGUCUGCCAGGGUGACACCCUCCUUUCCAUGUCCAGUGCUCUCACCACCGUUCAUGGACCAAAGCUGCAUAUAGGGCUCCUUUAAGGACACUUGGCCAAGUACCAAAUAACAACCAUUUUCUCAUUUUUGCAACAGCAGUCCCCCCCACAUCUUCUCCCCUGGGGCCGAGGAUUUCAGGAACAGAGAUCUUCAUCCCUGAAGGCAGAGGGCACCACCACACUCUCUUCCUCUCUUCUCUGUUCGCUCCACUCCUGCACUGGCAGUCACUGCAACAAGGUCCUUGGCUCGAGCCAACUGCAUCCACCCAAAUACAGUCUUUGUGUUCGGGAGGAUUCAGAUUCAGUCUGUGGCUAAUAUUAUAUGAGAAAAGUCCAGCCCAAAAAGCCACUCCUCUUCCUCUCUGCCCACAUGGGAUUCCUUUCAUCUUCCUCUGACAUCUCAGUCCCAGGCUGUCUCUCAAACCACCAGCCAAGAGAAUCAAUGUCUGGAAAAAGUUUUCUUCUGCCUAAGAAAGGGUUAAAAGUCUCUCUCCCAGCCCAGCUGAGCUCCCACAGCAGUCUGGGAAACUCCCACGGCUACUCGGAGCUCCUUCGGCUCCUUCCUCCCCCCUUCUCCGUGCUGCCGGGCACCUGGGAUUGGAUUUCAAAGCAGCGUCUCUCUCUCUCUCGGGGUGGGGGGGUACUGGGACGGAAGGCACCUCCACAGUUCUCCACCCUUUCAUCCUGGAUGGGGGCUGGCUCAGCUCCAGUCCCUUUCACUCUCUUCUCCCCCCGGGGCACCUCAGCUUGGCCACAUGGCUUCCCUCCCUCCUCCCUCACCCAGCCCUGUGAGCUGGGCAGGGGAGGAUGUGCUCCUCUGCAACAAGGAACGAAAAGAGAACCU